AUGCAAGUUCAAGAUGUGUACGGCAUGAAAGAGAUCCACCAACGGGGCUCCUAUUCUGACAACUGUCAGAUGGUUUUCAGCGGCACGGUGAAUACAGCCCUAACACCAGGCUGCCGCUCUGGAUGUUUGAGCCCCGACACGCCCCACACGCUCCUCUUCAGGAUGUGCUCGGAUGACACUGUCUUCACGGCAGGAGAGAAGCUGACCAGCAUCACCAACUGUGGGCAUCCCAGUGACAUCCUGCAACUCACCACUAAUCAGCAGUGGUUUCAGGGGAUCAAACAAGCAAGCAUGUGGUGGUUCCGGGGGGUCAAGCUCUCUGCGGUGGUCGGGAACCUGAUUUAUGAUGAUAGCUGUCUGCAGAGGACGCCGGGUGAGAGCACGGGCACAGGUGUCUGCGCAGAGGAGAAGCUGCGCCCCAGGCAGUCCCCAGGGUACCGCGUCAGCUGCGGUGUGACCCGCGACUGGGCGGGGGCGCGUACAGCAGCGCGCCCCUCCUCCGGGGGCGGGUCAGCGUGGGCGGUGCUCGCGGGCGGAGGGCGGAGCGCCCCCUCCCACUGCGAGCCUAGCCGGAACCCGAGCCCGAGAGGGGCGCGGACCUGGAGCCGGCGGGGCCCUUGGAUGCUCGCGCGGGCCCCCGCGCUGAGCUCGCCCGGCCCGGAGCGCGGGCCCCGCCGCUGGGCGGCCAUGAGCACUGCGGGACCGCCGCCCCCCGCCGCCCCCAGCGGGCGCCCCGGCCGCCUGCUGGAGCCCGCGCGGACCAGAACUGGCAUUGCCUUGCUGCACCGCGAGGGGUCUGGAAGCACCUAUGACGUCCGCCUGAAGCUGACAAAGGAGGUCCUCACGAUCCAGAAACAAGACGUGGUCUGUGUCGGUGGGAGCAGUCACGGCACACAUCACAGAACUGUUACGCUUCGCAGAGAGCCGGUUGGCGGCUUGGGCCUGAGUAUAAAGGGAGGCGCCGAGCACAGGGUCCCUGCCGUCAUAUCGAGGAUAUUCAGAGGCCACGCAGCUGACCAGACAGGGAUGUUGUUCGUAGGAGAUGCCGUGCUGCAGGUUAAUGGCAUUAAUGUAGAAGAUGCAACCCAUGAAGAAGUGGUGCAUCUUUUGAGAAAUGCCGGCGACGAAGUGACCAUCACUGUUGAGUAUCUCAGGGACGCGCCGUCAUUUCUGAAGCUCCCAUUAGUGGAGCCCCCCGUCUGCUGCCGUCCGUGGGCCCAGGCUCCAUCAUCACCUUCCUCGCCUGUAGCUAACGAACCAAAGUAUGAGAAGCGCUGGCUAGACACCCUGUCAAUUCCUCUGUCUAUGGCUCGAAUCUCAAGGUACAAGGCUGGAGCGGAGAAAUUAAGGUCCAGCGCGUUCAAGGUGCUGGCUCUGGAUGGGGUUAGCACGGGGAUCCUGCAGUUUCACACGGCUCAGGAGAGCGCUGACUGGCUGAGAGCAGUGUCCAUGAACAUCAGUGACCUGACAAGACAGAGGGUGAGGACGGAGAAUAAGUGCUCUUCCCCUUGUGACCAGGUUGUGCAUAUGGGGUGGGUCAGUGAGAAACUCGAAGGCACCGGCUCCUGUCACACCUUCCGACCCAAGUUCCUGGCCCUGAAAGGCUCGUCCCUCCAUGUGUUCAGCACCCCUCCGGUUAGCAUGUUAGACUGGGUACAAGCAGAAAAAACCUACAACCUCUGUGAGGUACUGUUUAAACUUCACAAGUUCUGGCUCACUGAGGAUUGCUGGCUGCAUGCAGACCUCGGCCUGGGGCCUCGCAGCCUUGAGGACACGUGGCCCUACUGCUUCAGUGUCCUGGUCGGCCAUGGCCAGAGUCGCCUGUUCAGCGUGGAGCUGGGGAGUGAGCUGGCUGCGUGGGAGAGGUCUUUCCAAAGAGCUACUUCCAUGGAAGUUCAGAGAACCGGGUCCAGAACAUAUGCGUGUAGCUGGCAAGGAGAAACGCUGUGUUUCACGGUGGAUUUCGCUUUGGGAUUCACCUGUUUUGACAGUAAGACAAAGAAUGUGCUCUGGAGAUUUAAAUUUUCUCAGCUUAAAGGAUCUUCAGAUGACGGAAACACUCGAGUGAAGCUGCUGUUCCAGCAUCUGGACACCAAACAGAUAGAGGUGAAGGAGCUCGAAUUCCCGGACCUGACGGCCGUCCUGCACUGCAUUCACGCCUUCCUGGCAGCAAAGGUGGCCUCCGUGGACCCCACGUUCAUGGACCGCCAGAGCAUCGCGAGGAAAGUGCUUCUGUUGAGCACUGAACAUUAA